AUGCUUUCAAUAGAAAAAGAAAAUUCAAGAGUUGCUACAACUAAACCAUUAGAUGAACUUUUUACUAAUGUCGGUCAAAAGUUUGAGACAGAGACCGUAAAGCAUGAAGGCUAUCGUUUUGACUACCCAUUAAGAUGGCUAAGAGACCCAUCUGUCACAAAAGCUAUUGGCUUUCGUAGAAUGAAGUUCAUUUCAGAAGCCAUACAUGGUUUCCCAUUUACGGUCGGUUUUGAAGUUCGAUACUAUAACAAAGAAAAACGUAUGUAUGAGAAAUUUGAACAGGGAAAACUUUUACAAGUUAGUUUGCUUGUAAACUUAGAAACAACUCUUCAAGCUUUUCAAGAAAAAAUAAACGAUAUCUAUAUCGAAUAUGCAAACCAGUAUAACAUUGA